GGUCGCCUUCGCCGCCACGCUUGGGGCCUCCCCCCUCCCCGCCCUCCACAUCUGCCUAACACGCAGGCGCGUUAGGUCCCGGUCGCUAUGCGGGUGCUUGUGGGUGGCGGGACGGGCUUCAUUGGGACGGCCCUGACCCAGCUGCUGAGAGCCAGGGGCCACGAAGUGACUUUGGUCUCCCGAAAGCCCGGGCCCGGUCGGAUCACGUGGGAUGAGCUCGCCACGUCGGGGCUGCCCCGCUGCGAGGCGGCUGUCAACCUGGCCGGGGAGAACAUCCUCAACCCCCUCCGAAGAUGGAAUGAAACCUUCCAAAAAGAGGUUCUCAGCAGCCGCUUGGAGACCACCCAGAUACUGGCUAGAGCCAUCAACAAGGCCCCUCAACCCCCUCAGGCCUGGGUCUUAGUCACUGGUGUAGCUUACUACCAACCCAGCCUGACUGCGGAGUAUGAUGAGGACAGCCCAGGAGGGGAUUUUGACUUUUUCUCCAACCUGGUAACCAAAUGGGAAGCUGCAGCCAAGCUUCCUGGAGAGUCUACACGCCAGGUGGUGGUGCGCUCCGGGGUUGUGCUGGGCCGUGGGGGUGGUGCCAUCCAUCACAUGCUGCUGCCCUUCCGCCUGGGCCUAGGGGGCCCCAUCGGCUCGGGCCACCAGUUCUUCCCCUGGAUUCACAUCCGGGACCUGGCAGGAAUCCUGGUCCAUGCACUUGAAGCAAGCCACGUGCAAGGGGUCCUGAAUGGAGUGGCUCCAGCCCCCACCACUACAAAUGCUGAGUUUGCCAAGGCCUUGGGUGCCGCCCUGGGCUGCCCAGCCUUCAUUCCUCUCCCCGGCAUGGUGGUACAAGCUGUCUUUGGGCGAGAGCGUGCCAUCAUGCUGCUGGAGGGCCAGAAGGUGGUCCCACGGAAGACACUCGCCUCUGGCUACCGGUAUUCCUUCCCAGAGUUGGGGGCUGCUUUGAAGGAAGUCGUAGCCUAAGUGGGAGGCUCCUGGCAGGGCCUGCAGCCUGUCCUUCUACAGAGGCUUGCUGGUUACAGACUGAAUAGGUUCAGGUACUCCUCUGAGACCUGAAACUAUCUGGUUCUUAGGGGUUCCUCACCCUGCCCUCCUCCUCAUUGCUCUGUUGCUCCACCUUAUUUAACUGAUUGUCCACUGUCUCAAGGUUGCAGUCUCCUCAAAUUGGGUCCUUAACCUCUUGACUCCUUUUAAAAGAAUUUCCAAGUUUGGUUUCCCUUCCCUACAUGUCCCAUUACUAUCCCAGUUAUCCUUUGUGUUGUGUAGAAAAUGUUCUGCGACUGAGACAAUAAAGAUAAAUUAUCUCACAGGC